AUGUUCGCAGCAUCAGACCUCAAGAAUAUUCGAAGCCCGGAUGUAGAGGAAAGGAAGAAGCUCGCUGAUGGAAUACGAGAUGCCUGCGUGAACGUUGGAUUCUUCUACGUGAAGAACCAUGGAGUACCAGAGGCAUUCACUGACGGUGCCUUGCAAAUGGCGAAGGAUUUCUUUGACCUUCCAACCGAGAAAAAGAUGGAGAUCCUGAACCGGAAAACACCCAACUUCAAGGGAUAUUCUCCUUUGCGUAGCGGAAAUAACGACCCGGCCGGAGAUGGGGAUCUGCAAGAAGGCUUUGAGUUUGGCUGGGAGGAACCCAGCCCCGUAGGAACCACAACUCAAGGAAACGCCGACGGAGUCAUGGCGGGGGCCAACAUUUGGCCUGCAGACAUUCCCGAAUUCCGCGAGACGGUACUCAAAUAUUAUUAUGCUGCCGUUGACUUGGGCAAGGCACUGUUUCCCAUCUUUGCUCUCGCCUUGAACCUGCCAGAAGUCUUUUUCGAAGACAAGACCCGACAUUCAGCAGCUUUGAUGAAGUUACUACACUAUCCUCCACAGACAGGCCCUAUCGAUGGGCGAGUCAUAGGAAUUGGUGCACAUACCGAUUGGGAGUGUUUCACCAUUCUCUGGCAAGAACCCAAAAUCCAAGCACUGCAAGUCCUCAACUCGGAAAAGCAGUGGAUUGAUGCACCGCCAAUUCCUGGUACCCUCGUAAUCAACCUCGGUGAUCAAUUCGCACGUUGGACAAAUGACAUCUUCAAGUCGACUGUGCAUCGGGCAAUCAACCGGAGUGGUGUGCGGCGCUACUCAAUCCCCCUGUUCUUCGGGACAGACUACGCUGUUAAACUAGAGCCUAUACCCAGCUGUAUUUCUCCUGAUACUCCUCCGAAGUACGAGGUCGUCACGGCCGGAGAAUAUAUCAAAAGCCGCCUUCAAGCCACAUACAAUCAUUAG